GUUGUUUUACAAAAAGCUUCAGAGCGGAAGUUACAUCAAGCCUUUUCCGUUUCCACCAUCUUGAAAAUACAAAAAUGGGACCCCGAAGAGGACAAGUGAAAAAAGAAGAGGCCGUUUCUUUGGGACCUCAAGUUAUGGAAGGUGAAAACGUCUUUGGCGUUGCUCACAUUUUCGCUAGUUUCAAUGACACUUUUGUUCACGUCACGGAUUUGUCUGGCAAGUAAGUUCAUACUUAGAUGCUGCAAAAAACACUAUAAACGAGAAAUAUAUAUUUGGUAUCGUCAAUUUUUUCUUAGGGAAACAUUGGUUAGAAUAACCGGCGGUAUGAAAGUUAAAGCUGAUAGGGACGAAGCUUCGCCCUAUGCUGCUAUGCUGGCUGCUCAGGAUGUGGCUGAAAGAUGCAAACAGCUAGGAAUUACGGCUCUCCACAUCAAACUACGCGCUACUGGAGGUAACAAAACUAAAACUCCAGGACCCGGUGCACAAUCGGCUUUGAGAGCGCUUGCUAGAAGUGGUAUGAAAAUUGGUCGUAUCGAGGAUGUUACUCCGAUUCCAUCAGAUUGCACUAGAAGAAAGGGUGGUCGUCGUGGCAGAAGAUUAUAAGAACAUGUCAAUAAAAGUUGAAAAAAACUUAUUUUGUUCGGCAUCACGUUUUUCUUUGGAGAUACUAUGGCUGGAAUAAAAGCAGUGCAAAAUUGAUAUGAAAAGAUAUUUUGUAAAUUAUUUUUACUUAGUUAUAAACUAGCUAUUACUCACUAAUUAACAUAAGAUAUAUAGACUUAAGAGUAUUGUCAUUGGAUCUGAGUCAUUUUUUACAAGUCCUUAUAGUGAAUAACAUUUUAGGUACCAGGAGUCUGAUAACAAUGAAACAAAAUUUUAAGUUUAUAUCUAUAGAACAUUACACAAACUGUUUGUAACAAUUUUCUACUAGGUGACUGAGAUAAUAUUCUUGAAUUGAAUUAAUGUUCAUGGUUGAUGAAGGUAAUUGAAACCAUCAGAUCAACCUCAUACUACUGAUAUUUUCCUUAAAAUUUUCUUAUUGGAGGUUUUACCUUUUAAAAUGUGUAACAAAAUAUUAGUCCAGCAUGCAUCUUUCAGUAAUAUCGUAACUGUGCUCGUUAGCUGUAAAUAAUUUAUGAUUCUAAAGACCUACCCGAGAAGUGAAAUCGUUUUACACGGUUCACUUUUGUAUGUAAUAUGAUACGAUUGUUGUAUACUGAAAAUUAUGAUUAGAUGUAAAUUAUAAAGUUAAAAUGUUAUUCCACUGGCAUUAACAGUACUUUUUAACUUUAAUUUUAAGAACAAGUUUCAACUAAAUUUCGUUGGUAUACUAAGUUCACCCCUUUUUUACUCAUCCAGAUAAAAUAGCAUUGUUUUAAAUAUGAUGUAUAUUACAGUAUAAACUUAUACCUUUUUAAGAUUUUUAAAACCUUCCUGAUAGCAGAUAAAGUCUAUUUCUUAUUCCUAUAAAAAACACUUCAGUUACCGAUGUGCUUGGACCAACUAUACAGCUGAAAAAAUAACUGGCAGGAAUAAUUUGCUGUAAUAAAUUUCUUUUUUAAUUACAAAAUACCCUUCUCAAGACGAUAAAAGUUAUACGAUAAUAUUGCCGGAUAUAAGGAGUAAUAAAAUAAAUUGCUUUGUACUGAAAGCAGUGUAAAAAACUUUACAUAAAUAUAUUAAUUUAAUGCUGAAGUUAACCAAUCAGCAUCAACCUUUUGAUUAUAAAGGGAAGAAAACAGAUAGCUAGGAACAUUUCAAGAGUCGAAUUAUUAAGUUACGAAUCUACAUAAGAGAAAAUGAAAUUUACUUCUCUUAUAGUUUUUUAUCUGCUCUUCGUGAUAACGGAUCAAUUUUCAGUGCGAAAGCUAGAAUCUGAAGGUAAUGGGCAUAUGUUUCAGAAAAUGUGUAACUUUUAAGAGAGUAUAAAUAAGAAAUCAGUGAUUGACAUAUAUUAAGGAAAAAAUUUUGGAAGUGAAUGAUCGUCUGCCUGAAGUAGUCAUAAAAUAAGAGAAAACACUUAAACAUAUUUAUGGUAUUUUAAGGUUAUAGCAAACAAAAGUUUAGUGCAAAAUGAAGUUAUAUUACUUUUUAUCUUAUCGAUCACAAACAAGUAAAAAGAAAAGUUAUUUAUAAUUUGAUACGUAUUUCAGCUCAACUUGCCGAUUAGUAUUUCUAUCAUUCUUUACUCUCAUCAAAUAAAUUAAAAAAUUAUUUUUUAGAAAUAUUAUGCUCCUCACAUCAUAGGUGUCAUUUCUAAAUGAAGAUUUGUUUACAAGAUCUUAUGGUUUGUUUCUCUCAACAGACAGUCCUUUAAUCAGUAUAAUAAAAAGGUCUAUCCGAGAAAACGAUGAUAGAAUGCUGAAUAAAAGAUUUGCUGAAGUUGUCCCAAGUGAGAUAGGAAGAUAUUAUCAAGGCAUCAUAUUUGGGUAUAAAAGAUCGUAUGGCCACACUCCGGAUAUGUCUAUGUGUUUAUUUCUCGGUUUAGAUGAAUGUAAGGACAAGGAUAACAAUGCGGGAUGAAGAUCGUUAAGUUUAGCAUUCGAUAAGCUUGUCUCUAUUUUCCUUUCCUGAUUUGACUUAAUUACUUAUGAAGCAAGAAAUUGCUUAACAAAAAUUUGUAUUAAUAUAUUCCCCUUUGUGUUCUUAAUUUAAUUUUCAUUAUGGUAUGAAAAAUCGUAAUCGAAAGAAACUGAUGAAGAAUCAAAGAUUAUAUAGUAUAACGUAUGUUAUGCACCAACAAAGUUAUUAGCUUUGGACAACCAAAGUAUAUACACCUAACAAUACUAAAUUAAAAAUUCUUUAAAAAGAAAAUGAUUAUGAUUUUGAUCGCUAUAUAUAUUAAAUCUAAAAAUAAAUGAAUCAAUGCGAUAGCCAUUGAUUAUUUCAUACUGUCA